AUGUCGACUAAGAAGACGCUGACGCUGACACGGGUGAAGGACCUGAGCCCGACGCUGAGCAAUAAGGAGGUGCAUGUGAAGGUGAUUGUGCUGGAGUGCAAUGCCAAGGACGAGGGAAAUACUAGCAAUAACGCGACGAUGAUAGUGGGCGAUGACUCCAGCUGUGUGAGCCUUGUGCUGCCCAAGACGGUAGCGCUGCACGUGCGGCUUGGCGACAUACUGCAAUUGACCGCCACGCAGGUGGUGCUCAAGAGCAACCGCAUUUAUUUAUGGGGCUGUAAGGUGGAGCGCGUGGGCGAGUUCCUGCUGCUCUUCAAGGAGAGCAACAACAUCAGCAACAUCACAUGGGUCAAGGAUCCCAAGAACCCCGACGUACUGGUGCGACGCAACCCCGCCAAAAGACCCAAGCCACAGCCUGCAAAAUGA